CGCGCCCGGACACGCAACCUUGGAGUCAGCGCCGGGGGCAGGGUGGAGUCGGUGGGCUGGAGCUCAGCACUUAGCGGCCUCGGUGAGGGAGGCUGUCUAGGGAACUCCACGAUGCCGAAGCCGCGGCAGCGCGGAGCGCGGGUUUUGUGGACGCUGCUGUGGGUAGCCGUGGUGCACUCCUACAACGUGGAUGUGGGUCGCCCCGUGAUUUUCCGGGGUCCCAACGGCUCCUUCUUUGGGUAUUCGGUGCUGCAGCACUACCACGAUAGGACACGGUGGGUCUUGGUUGGUGCACCCAAGGCAGAAUCUAAAUACAGCACCUCUGUUCAGUCCCCAGGAGCAGUGUUUAAAUGUCGAGUCCAUACCAACCCUGACAGAAGAUGCACAGAACUGGAUAUGGGGAGAGGCAAUUCUCGGGGCAUGCUCUGUGGAAAGACCUGUAAGGAAGACAGAGAUGAUGAAUGGAUGGGUGUGAGCCUAGCUAGACAGCCAAAGGCUGGUGGAAGUGUGCUGGCAUGUGCACACCGCUGGAAAAACAUCUACUAUGAGACAGAGUAUAUCUUGCCCCAUGGCUUCUGCAACAUCAUUCCUCCUGACCUGCAGUCCAAAGGGAGGAAGCUCUUGCCCUGCUAUGAAGAGUACAAGAAGAAGUAUGGGGAGGAGCAUGGUUCAUGCCAGGCAGGGAUCGCAGGCUUCUUCACCAAGGAACUGGUCAUCAUGGGGGCACCAGGAUCUUAUUAUUGGACAGGAACUGUCAAAGUACUGAAUCUCACUGACAACACAUACUACAAGCUGAAUGAUGAUGCUGUUAUAGCCAGGAGGUACACAUACCUUGGAUAUGCAGUGACAGCAGGUCAUUUCUCUCAGCCGACUCUGACUGACAUUGUAGGAGGAGCUCCCCAGGAUGGAGGCAUCGGAAAGGUUUAUAUUUUCAGAACGGACAGACAAUCAGGCUCUCUAAUAAAGAUUUUUCAGGCUUCAGGAAAAAAGAUGGGCUCUUACUUUGGCUCCUCCUUAUGUGCAGUUGACCUGAAUUCCGAUGGUUUGUCAGAUCUCCUGGUUGGAGCUCCUUUGUUUUCUGAGAUCAGAGAUGAGGGUCAAGUCACAGUCUAUAUCAACAGAGGAAAUGGAGUGCUGGAAGAGCAGCUCACCCUGGACGGUGACAGUGCCUAUAAUGCACACUUUGGGGAGAGCAUGGCUGCCCUUGGCGAUAUUGAUGAUGAUGGCUUCCCAGAUGUUGCCAUUGGAGCGCCUAAGGAAGAUAACUACAUAGGAGCAGUGUACAUUUACCAUGGGGAUGCCAAUGGUAUUAUUCCUCAGUACUCUAUGAAGCUGUCUGGACAAACAAUAAACCCAAAGCUGCGUAUGUUUGGCCAGUCCAUAUCAGGAGGUGUUGAUAUGGAUAGCAAUGGUUACCCAGAUAUGACUGUUGGAGCCUUCCUGUCAGACAGUGUGGUACUUCUGAGAUCCAGGCCUGUCAUUACCAUGGAUAUCGCCAUUUUCCUGCCCAUAUCUAUCAAUAUCACAGCUCCUCAGUGCCAUGAUGGUUUGCAGCCGGUGAACUGUCUCAAUGUCACAGCAUGCUUUCGUUUCAGCGGCAAGCAUGUUCCUGGAGAAAUAG